AUGUGCGGCAAGCAGAUCAUCAUCGUCAUCAGCACCAGCAUCAUCACUGUUUCAGAGCGCAUCCGUCUACUUUGUGGUGACAAUGUUUAUGACGACGGUCUGGAUGCGCGCUUUCAGCGUGAAGCAUUUCUUCGGGUUCGUGUCGUUCUCCUGCGCCACAGCGUAGCAGACAAGCAGCUGGUCCGCCUUCGGUGUCCCGCCCGGCAAACGCAUCACCUGAAACUGCUGGUCGCUUCACAACAGAGCAGCAACGAGAUCUCGAAAGAAGCCGCCUAA